CCGUGGCGGCUGUGGCGGCGGCGCCUCGUGCGCGCGGUUAUUUAUUUAUUUCCGGGCUCCGGAGCGCUUAUAAUGGAGCCGCUGUCAGCACAGUCUCCUGUCGCUGCCGCCGCCGCCGCCGUCCCUCCUCUUUUUUUUCCCGGCAGAUCUUUGUUGUGUGGGAGGGCAGCAGGGAUGGACUUGAGCUUGCGGAUCGCUUGCUAGAGCAGCCGCGCUCGGAGAGGGCGCCUCAACAGCGAGGAGGACAGAGAGGCCGCCGCCGCCACCGCCGCCGCCCGAGGCCCCCAGCCGGACGCGGCCUCCGUCCGCCCGCGCCCCGCUCGCCCCCCGCCUCCCGCAGAAGUGCCCUCGCGGCGGCAGAUGUGUGUGGGGCCAGCGCACGGCGGGGACUAUGGUGAAAUUCCCGGCGCUCACGCACUACUGGCCCCUGAUCCGGUUCCUGGUGCCCCUGGGCAUCACCAACAUCGCGAUCGACUUCGGGGAGCAGGCUUUGAACCGUGGCAUCGCCGCCGUCAAGGAAGAUGCUGUGGAGAUGCUGGCCAGCUACGGGCUGGCCUAUUCCCUGAUGAAGUUCUUCACGGGGCCCAUGAGUGACUUCAAAAACGUGGGCCUGGUGUUUGUGAACAGCAAGCGGGACCGGACCAAGGCAGUCCUGUGCAUGGUGGUGGCGGGCGCCAUUGCCGCCGUGUUCCACACGCUGAUAGCUUACAGUGACCUGGGCUACUACAUCAUCAAUAAGCUACACCAUGUGGACGAGUCUGUGGGGAGCAAGACAAGGAGAGCCUUCCUGUACCUCGCCGCCUUCCCCUUCAUGGAUGCCAUGGCGUGGACUCAUGCUGGCAUUCUCCUCAAACACAAAUACAGCUUCCUCGUGGGAUGUGCCUCAAUCUCUGACGUCAUAGCUCAGGUUGUUUUUGUGGCCAUUCUGCUGCACAGCCACCUGGAGUGCCGGGAGCCGCUGCUCAUCCCGAUCCUCUCCUUGUACAUGGGCGCGCUGGUGCGCUGUACCACCCUGUGCCUGGGCUACUACCGGAACAUUCAUGACAUCAUCCCGGACAGGAGCGGACCAGAGCUCGGGGGGGAUGCGACCAUCAGAAAGAUGCUGAGCUUCUGGUGGCCCUUGGCCUUGAUUCUGGCCACCCAGAGGAUUAGCAGGCCUAUCGUCAACCUCUUCGUCUCACGGGAUCUCGGGGGCAGUUCUGCAGCCACAGAGGCAGUGGCGAUUUUGACAGCCACAUACCCUGUGGGGCACAUGCCGUACGGCUGGCUGACGGAGAUCCGCGCUGUCUACCCAGCUUUCGACAAGAACAACCCGAGCAACAAGCUCGCCAACACGAGCACCACGGUCACCGCCAGCCACAUCAAGAAGUUCACGUUCGUGUGCAUGGCGUUGUCGCUGACGCUCUGUUUUGUGAUGUUCUGGACGCCCAAUGUGUCCGAGAAGAUCUUGAUAGACAUCAUCGGGGUGGACUUCGCCUUCGCUGAGCUCUGCGUGGUUCCCCUGCGGAUCUUCUCCUUCUUCCCAGUUCCAGUCACCGUGAGGGCCCAUCUCACCGGCUGGCUCAUGACCCUGAAGAAGACCUUCGUGCUGGCCCCCAGCUCCGUGCUGCGGAUCAUCGUACUCAUCACCAGCCUCGUGGUCCUGCCCUACUUGGGGGUACAUGGAGCCACCCUGGGCGUGGGCUCCCUGCUGGCAGGAUUUGUGGGAGAAUCCACCAUGGUAGCCAUCGCAGCAUGCUACGUCUAUCGGAAGCAGAAAAAGAAGAUGGAGAAUGAGUCAGCCGCUGAGGGUGAAGACUCCGCCAUGACCGACAUGCCACCAACGGAGGAGGUGACGGACGUGGUAGAGAUGAGAGAGGAGAAUGAAUAAGGCCUAGGGCAUGCUGCACUAUGGCACGGACAGCUGGGUGACACUUCAGUGUCCUGUCCCCCACUGCGAAUUUCGGGCUUUGCUUUGUUCUGGGCGUAAUGGAAAAGGCCUUGAGCUAAAGGUCUCCCCGUCCAUUCUCUAGCAUACUGGGUAUGUUGCCAUUGACGCGAGGACCUAAGGAACGGUCUCAAGUGUCGCGCCAUCAAGGCCAUGGCUGCCACGCCUCUGCUUCACGCAAACCCAAGAGUCACAGCUGCCUCUUGGCUGAAGCUGAAUCCUCCUGGCUCGGACAAUCUCCACUUGGAACCAAAGGACCAUGGCUGUGCCAUCGCCGGCUGGGCAUCGCUGCCUAGCAGGCCAGACUCUUGUCCCUCUUCGCCCCUCUGAAGAAUCAGCAAGUUCCAAUUCGGCUUCCUUCACCUGCUUCCCAGCAACACAGUCGCACACAGAGUUGCACCCUGGGGUCAUGCACGGUCUACUGCACACUUGUAUGACACAUGGCAGGUGGGCUGCCUGCGGCCACCACUUGCACCGAGGGACAGACUGACCUUGUACACCCACACGUGGCGUCACUUUCUGCAGCAAAGGAAGAAGCCACUGGAACGGCGGCCUGAUAGCACAUCUGUACCCGCUUGGCAGCAUCCUGGCUCCAAGUGGGCUGCCAGCACUCACGCCAUGCCACACCGUGUAGGUAGGCAAGCUAACCUUCUAGAACUGUAAGACGCGCAUCUCCGAGUUGCGGCAUCCUCCCGCAUGACUUCCCCACCUUCCUCAAGUGAGGGGGGAGCCUUCCCACUUCAUGUGUGUUUUUACAGUGACCAUGAAGCUUUAAAGUCAUAAUCUAGCAUUCUAAUGCCAGGCUGCUGUAUUGUUAACUGCUGACGUAGGCGUACGACCAGGCUCUGCCGGUCAGAGUCCCGAGGGUGCGGGCCAGGCCAUUCCUCGCGCACCCCACGGGAAAGCAAGACAUUUUCUAAACGCUCGACUGUCACUAUGUGAUACUCCCUCAAAUGAUGCAUUUGAAAUCCAUUUAGUGCAGUCUAUUUUUCUAAGUUUUGGAAAGCGGGUGUUUUUUUCC